GUUGUAAUGUACAUAUAUUUUUUGGUGAAGGUAUUAUAAUAGGCGCUCUUCGUGCUGAUUGGGCGCUCAGGUUGGUGAGUGAACGCCCUGCAGAUUAUGUCAGAUUGCGUGCAGAAACCAAACCAGCCCAGCCUUUGAACUUCACCGCUUUUGGCUCGUAUUCACGCUCUUCCGCUCAUUUCCAAGCCAGGUGCUUGACGACAAACCUCAGAGAGAGACAGGAAGAGUGUGUCGCAGAAAAAAAUCACACUUUUACGACUCCUGCAAACUGACUGCGGAACAUUGCUUUCACCUUUGAGGAUUUUUUUUUACGUGUGUGCAUCUUGCAUGUGUUUUCUUCCUGUAUUGCCCGCCUCAGGUCUGAAAGAGAGUUGUUACUGGACUUGAACGAGCGCGCAUCAGUGUUUUAACUCGGGAGAAAGAGAAUCACCGGCUGGAUUUUUAUUUUAUUCUAUUUCAUUUUUGCUCUUUUCACGACUCAGAACCUCCCAGACGUGGCAUGACUGGUAUCUGGCUUCUGGACAGGUGAAUAGUUUCCCUUUCUUCCGAUAAGAACUUUUCCUCGUCAUUAACAUUGGGGAUAAAAGCGCACUUUUUUUAAAGAUGUCAAAGCCUGCUGAUCAUAUCAAGAGACCCAUGAACGCGUUCAUGGUCUGGUCCCGGGGCCAGAGGAGGAAAAUGGCACAGGAGAAUCCCAAAAUGCACAACUCUGAGAUCAGCAAAAGACUGGGCGCCGAGUGGAAGCUGCUCUCCGAGUCCGAGAAGAGACCUUACAUCGACGAGGCCAAGAGGCUGCGCGCACAGCACAUGAAGGAGCACCCCGACUACAAGUACAGACCCCGGCGUAAACCCAAGAACCUGCUCAAGAAGGACAGGUACGUUUUUCCUCUGCCUUACCUCGGGGACAGCGACCACAUGAAGGGACUCUCUAUGUCGGCCGCGGACUCUCUUUUGAGCCACUCGGAGAAAGCGCGAGCGUUUCUGCCGCCGACGUCCACCCCGUACUCCUUCCUCGACCCGAGCCAGUUCAGCUCCAGCGCCAUCCAGAAGAUGACGGAGAUGCCCCACACGUUGAGCACCAGCACUUUGCCGUACGCGUCCUCCUUGGGAUACCAGAACGGCGCGUUCGGCACCCUUGGGUGUCCCAGUCAGCACACCCACACCCACCCGUCGCCCACAAACCCGGGCUAUGUGGUCCCGUGUAACUGCUCAGCCUGGUCAACGUCCAGUUUACAGCCCCCGGUGGCCUACAUACUUUUUCCAGGUAUGACCAAGACUGGGAUAGACCCAUACUCAUCCGCACACGCCACUGCCAUGUAACCCUCAAGACUCUUUCUGUUUUCUAAUUCACUUGAAUACUGAAAUGCAUGUAAAUAUAACACGGACAGCGCGCCCGGUUUAAAAGGCAUGAACAGUAUUAACUGCCUUGGACUUGUUAUGGCAAAAAAAGAGAGAGAAAAAAAAGAAACUUUUGCAGAAAUCCAACAAGUUCCUGAGCUGAGCAGAAGGAGCUGGAUUUGGUGUAAAGGACAGUGCCCUGAACUGUAAGAAAUGUAAAUGUUAUAACGUUUAUGGCAGCCAGAAAAGGAGGCCUUUAACUUUAUUUAUUGUGUACAUUUCAAUGCUUAUAUUCUGAUUUGUGUUGAUUAUUGAUAGGGUACUUUUUUUAUUUCAAAAUUUGGCUUGCACAAUUACCAUUCUUACUCCUGUAUAGGCCUAUAGUCUACAUUUUGGCACUCGUCAUUUUAUUCUGAUGUUCUGGAAUAUAGGGUCAAAAUCAGGACCUUUAGGCUGGAUUAUAUACGGGUCAUAUUGUUUAUAUCUAUCAAACAGUGGCACAUAAAACAAGACGGUCUAUUUAAGAGGACGAAAAGAAAAAAAGAUCUUUUACAUCCAAAUGUUUAAUUUUGCAUUUUUCCUGUGGUUCAGUGCUAAUAUAGUCCCACGCGUCUUUUCAUUUAGUUUUCUGUUUUUUAAGGAUAACUUCUAUUUGAAUUCCAGGAGUUAAUAUGUGUAUUAUCAUCCAAGAUGGUAAUUUUAAAAACCUGUCAUGUUAUGGAAAGGAUUAUGUAUUUAGAAGGUUGAUACCUCCUGCUCUUUGUUCAAUUGCUGAGCAAAAGCAUUUCGAAUAAAGACAAUCUGUCUUCAACACUA